AUGGCGUGGCGCGAAGCACGAACUGGUCACGGUCAACCCCGCUUUUCGUUUAUCUCUCAUCUUCAUCUUCUUCGAGCUCACGAAAACAAAAAGAUUCGAAAACACCAGCAAAAACCACCGACACAACAACACCAACCACACUUUUCAUUUGACGAAAUUUCCCCUUCUCGUGGUGGUCUCAGAGAGACAAACGAGAGAGCUGCGUAUCGCGCACUCCCGCCGUUUCUCUGUCCGAUCAUCUCCUCCAAAUUUUCGACAAAACGCGAUAUAAAUCUCGAUAUGCCGAUUCGGAAGCCGCGGAUUUCUAAUGUUUCAAUCAAUUUUAUCGUCUUUGGCGUGUUCCUCGGCUGCUUUCCGGGAUGUAUAUUAUCGGCGACCGUGACGCUGGGUUCGAUUGUGAUAUACGACACGCACGAGUUCAUAAAAGGUGUGAAGCCGAUUGUGUAUUUCACAUGCCAAGGGGAGAACAAGACGGUGUUUCCAGAUGUGAAGGCGAAGAACGUGUCGUAUGAAUUCAAAGGCGAAGAGUCUUGGCAGCCUCUGACAGAGUUUUCGAGUAAGAAGUGCAAGCGAUGCGGGUUGUAUGAGAAGGACACCUUUAAAUCAGAUGACAUAUUUGAUGAGUGGGAGUUAUGUCCUUCUGACUUCAAUUUUUCUGAUGGAAAAUACGUCCGAUUCAAGAGCAAGGAAUUCAACGCUACCUUUUCAUGUCCAAGGUGUCUACCUGCUGCUUCACCUGAUUCCAAGUCCGCCACUGCAGCACAUAAAGAAGAAAAGAAAAAUGGAUGGCAUAUUGUCCUAGUGAUAUUAAUCGUUGUUGUCGUUUUAGUAGUGUGUAUUGUUGGAGGAGUACUUGCACACAAGUUCUGGCAAAAGAAGAAGAGAGAGCAAGAUCAAGCUCGGUUCCUAAAGCUGUUUGAAGAUGGGGAUGAUAUUGAAGAGGAAAUGGGGCUUGACCAUUGUUACCAAGGAAGAGCGAACAAGUCCCAUGCAUAUACUCAUAGCCUUGAAGCUGGACACCAUGUUUAUAUCAAUCUUCGGACGGAGAAAGUUUAUUGCCUUCCUGAUGGAUACGAAAUCAGUGACCUGAACCCGAGGUUUACGGAGGAACAAGUUGAGCAGAUUGACAAAAACAAGCAAUGGUCUAGGGCACUUGAUGGUUCUUAUUACCUUCCUGGAAUGUUGAGGCUCAAUAACAUGAAGGAGACUGAUUUUGUCAAUGUCACCAUUCAGUCAUUAAUGAGUCACUCCACCAAGAAACUUUUUCCUCAUCCCUAA